GAUCAAUCUUCACUUGAUUGUGGGGUGGAAGCCAAAGUUAAUUUUUUAAUGCAAGUAAUAAUUCAUAUGAAGGAUUGUCUCAUGGCAUGAUCAGAGUUGGUUUCUUCGUGUUUCCCUUCUGGGCUUUGGAGGGUUUUGUGUGUCUUUUUAUUUUUUAAUAAAAAAAAGUUUUUUUUUUUUUUUUGUCAUUUUUUUGUGGUUGAAUUGAAGUAAUUGAAGUGAUGCUGGACUUCAGGGAAAAUUCCAGUGUGAAGGGGUUACUAUUUGUGUUGUGGAGUUUGGGUUAGGGCCAAAUUUUGUGGGUGGUCGAGAUGCAAGGCUUUCCUGAGUUCGAGGAAGGAGAGGCUUACUGUUAUAAGCAUGUUGACGACAACAUUGACCUUGACUCACUCUCUUACAUUGAUGAGAGGAUUCAGCAUGUUCUGGGCCAUUUUCGAAAGGACUUUGAGGGUGCUGUUUCUGCCAAGCAUUUGGGUCCAAAAUUUGGUGACUAUGGCUCCUUUUUACCUACCUGUGAACGCUCUCCUCCUUUUCGAUCUCAUACUAAGACUCCACAAAGACACUACAGUUCAACAAAAUCUCCAAGCAAUCUCCACAUGGAGACUGCAUUUCAUAACUCAAAAGCACCUUCAAAUAUGCCUCUAAUGAGGCUUGGAACUGCUUCCCAUAAUGCCCAUCCAUUUCAUAAUUUAAGAGGACCUUCUGUAGAUGUCUCAGUGAAGAAGGACGCAGGAAUUUCUUCCAAUGCAGUAAUGGAGAAGUGCACUUCGAAAGAUGAUUGUGCAAAUAAGUCAGAAAAUUCAACUGACCAAAGAACUCUGAAGUUGCGAAUCAAUAUGUUAGCAAAAGACAAAGCAGCAAUUUAUAGUGGUCUUGGGCUUGAUAACUCUCCAUCUUCAUCAAUGGGGAACAGCCCUGAGGAAAGUGAAGGCCUGCCACUUGUAUCUCAAGAGACCCCUGAAAAAUCUCCAACUGGCAUUGUUCAGGUUAUGACAUCCUUCACUAUCCCUGGGGGUGUGCUAAUAUCACCUCUACACGACAGUCUGCUCUACUUGAUAAGAAAGGAAAAUGUUAUUGGAGACAGCAGACCUAUGUCUUCUUGUAAUGGUCAUCAAGAACAUUUUUCUGUGUCUACUGAUGAAUCAGAUUCUUUGGUGGGGGACAGACAUUUGUUGAAGAAGAGGAAAGUGGGAAUGGUGGGCCAAAGUGAAAAACAGCAUACAAAUGAUAACUGUUCUGAGAAUGAUAUGACGUUGCAUAUGAAGAAAAGAUUAGGAAAUAGCACUCCAGAUCGUAAGGAAUUUCUUUCUUAUGACUUGAAAUGCACACCUCUGUCAAGUUCAAUUGGCGAUGCUGGUGAAACUGUUGAAUACUCUGGUAAGGCCUUUGAAGUAUCCAAGGAGGUCAAUAAGGAUGGGCUGGAAUGCAGAAUGGUUUCCAUUGAAGCAGUGAAGGAGGACUCAUUGGAGUCGAUAUCUGGUCAGGGUUUUGAAAAGAUUGAGAGGAAAAAUACUGGAAAUAGAUUUAUGAAAAAAGUUUUGGAGCAUAAACCGGAAAUUUCCCAGAAUAAUAAGUCUACUAAUCUGAAGAAUAAUGGAAAGUGUAAUGCUUUCUUGUUUUCAAAAAAGGCUGAGCAUGAUGCAGUAAAAUGUAAGGUGGAUCUGGAUACUCAAAAGCGUGAGACUACUCAAAAAGGAAAGGCAACAUAUGAGGGCAAAACUAAUUCAAAAGGUAAAUGGAGUCCUGGAAAAGUUAUGUCUGCUGCAAAAAAAGAUAUCACUGGGGCUAGUAAUAAUGCCAUGGUAACUGAUAAAAAGAGUGCUGGCUUUGGUGAUACUUCUUGUAAAAGUAAAAUGCUUAAAAUAAAGUCACUCAAGGGUAAUAAGGUCAGAGACUUUUUGAAAGGAAAAAAGUCAGAACGGAAAGUUGAUGGAAUAGAUCCAGCUGAUUGUCCUCCUAUUAAUAAGGCUACAAUAAAUGCUAACCUUGAUAACAUUGAAGAAAAGGGUGUGCACAGGGUUAAAGUAAAGGAACAACCGAGUGGCCAUAAAGUGGAUAAUCAGUUGUUAGAUGUGCCAAGCGUAAAAGAUGAUACAAGUGCAUUUCCCAUUGCUGAAAGUCAACCUACUCUUGAGAUGGUUCCACCACCAGCAGCAGCAGCACCUCAACUUAUUGAAGAUUGGGUAUGUUGUGAUAGUUGCGAGAAAUGGCGGCUUCUACCUACUGGUUUAAAGCCAGAUCAGCUUCCAGAUAAAUGGUUGUGCAGCAUGAUGUAUUGGCUGCCUGGAAUGAAUCGGUGCGACAUCCUUGAGGAGGAGACAACAAAAGCAAUUUAUAAUUUAUGUCAAAUGCCAAUUUCUGAGGGUCAAAGUAACGUGCAAAGCCAUGCCACUGGACCUGAAAAUGGAGCUGCUGAUGCUCUGCAAUUUGACCUGAAUCACAAAAAGUCCAGUUCUGGUGUAAUGUUUGAUCUAGGAAAGAAGAAACGUGGUAUUAAGGAAAAGACAAAGUCAGGAAUCAAUAAUGACAUACAUCAGUUGUCAAAUAGAGCAAAGAACCAUGCUCAAGAAUCUGGAAAAAAUAGAAGCUUGAAUGACAUGAAUCAGCAGCCUGCAGACUCAAACUGCUUGAAGAAAUCUAGUUCUAAACAUUUGAGCGGGUUGAACAAUUUAAUAGAAGAGAAAGGCAUACCUAAAGAGAAAGAAAAACAAAUGAAUGGAGUUGACAGAAAUCAUGUUAAAUUGAAAGGUAAGAUGGAUGCUAAUGAACAUAGAUCUGGAAUCCCUAAGAAAUCUAAGACUGAAGAUGUUUCCUAUACUGAUAAACAACCGAAUCCUGGUAUGCACUUUGAGAAGGUGGGUCCAAAUUCAAGAAAUGGUUUGCCAACAAAGGCUAGUGGGAAGAAUAUGAGGAAAUAUGAUGAGCAUUGUUUAUCUGAGGAUCUACAGGACACAUUGGUAGUUCCUGUAAAGAAAGGAAACCGGGCACAGUCCUCGUCAGGUGAUGGGUCAUUGGGUGUAAUGAACAGCAAUAAAAAUGAUUGUUCGAUUAAGAAGAGGAAAUCAAAAGACUGGCUGGAUAAUGAGAAACAUAAUGACACAAUGUCCUUGCAAGAUGAUAUGUGCUGUGGUGAAGAGGGCAAUGUACGUGGGUUUAUGAAGGAAAAGAAGUACAGAGUUUUAAAUACUGAGGCAAAACCAGUAAGUGUAGGUGAUGAUAAAUUGAGUAUAGAAGGUGGGAUGAAGCGAGUUUUCUUGUCAAACAGCAGGGACCAAACGACUGUUACGACAGAGUUGAAAAGUGUUGAUAAGGCCCAGCAGACAAGGAAGCUCAGAAAAAAUAUUGCAUCUCGCCAAGCUUUGGAUUGUUUUGAUACAUUGAGGAAGGAUUUGGGCUCUGGACAACUUUCAUUGGCAGCAACUUCAAGCUCUUCUAAGGUUUCAGGGUCUCAGAAAGCUAGACCUAACCUUGAACAUGUCAGAGGUUCACCAGUAGAAUGUGUUACAUCGUCACCUUUGAGGGCCUCCAACUUGGACAAGUGUAUUUUGGCAGUAGGGGACACAUCAGAGAAAGAUAAUGCUAGAAAAGGUGGUCUUUCUUCAAUGAGUUUCAGAAAUAGGGAGGGAAAGCUAUCAGUAAAAAUGAAGGAGGGGAGAAUUUCACGUGAUCCACAUCCUCGACAACAUGGUGGCAAUGGUUCACAUCAUGAGGAGAAAAUGAAAAAGAAUAAUAAGGAAAAUGCACUUUCUUGGCAGAAAUCUGGUAGGGUUACAUCAUUACGGGUUAAGGAAAAGGACAAAGGGUCUGGUUCUGAGGUUAGCAGGGAUACGAUGAAGGCAUCAGCUUUAGAGAAUGGUUAUUCCAAAAAUGGUGUGAGAUAUGAGUCACCAGUUGAUCCUUGUUAUCAUGCUUCUGUUACUGAGACAAGAAAUGAUGCUAAAAACAGUUCUCCUAUGUCUAAAGCCAAGAUUGACAACCUUAGUAAGAAAAAUUCUUUAAGGCAUUGGUCAAGUGAAACUGGCAAGCGAGCUGAGCUCAAACAAAAAGAUUUUGAGAAUUCAGUUCUGAAAGUGGAUGCUCCAUGUAGCACUAACAGAAAGGUUAUCUACCAGCAGAACCUGAUUCAGAACUUUGAGGAAGAAAACAAAGCUAAUCCAGUACGCACUGGAUCAAGAGAUGGGAAAGCCAAAGUUCUCUCAUCUUCAGAGGGUGAAGCAAAAAGGGAAACAUUAUAUGUGGGUUCUAGAAUUGCUUCUGGGUCUCAACAGGGAGAUAUGUCUAAUGGGUAUCCAGUCCAUGCGUCUGGCAAUGGUGAUGUUGCUAAGUUAGUGAGGAAUUCUGCUGAUGUUAGUUGCAAGGCUGGAGUUAAUCGCAGUUCAGGAAAUUUCAUGCCUGCUGAACAACUCAGUGUGUCAAGUCCUAUGACUACAAAUUCUAACCAAACUGCCUUUAGCAUUCUGGAAGAAGCCACAAAGCUAAAAGAUUCUGCAGAUCAUUAUAAGAGCUCUGAGUUUGAGUUUGAAAGUAAUGAGACUUAUUUUAAAGCUGCCUUGAAGUUUCUGCAUGGAGCAUCACUUCUAGAACACUGUCCCAGUGAGAGUAGCAAGCUUGGAGAAACGAGUCAAAUGGAAAUAUAUGCUACUACAGCUAAACUUUUUGAAUCAUGUGCCCAUAAAUAUGAAAGAAGCCAAGAAAUGGCCGCUGCUGCUUUGGCUUAUAAAUGCAUGGAGGUGGUUUACAUGAGAAUGGUUUACUGUAAACAUUCUAGCAUAGACAAGGAUCGGCAUGAGUUGCAAUCAAUUCUACAAAUGGUUUCUCAAGGCGAAUCUCCUUCAUCGUUUGCAUCCGAUAUUGAUAACUUAAACAAUGUGGCGGCAAUAGAUAAGGCUACAUUGCCAAUGUGUAAUAAUACUCAUGUUGCUGAUAAUCAAGUCAUAUCUGCUCGAACUUGCCCAAAUAUUGUCAGACUUCUUGAUUUUAAUCGGGACAUAGAUUUUGCAAUGGAGGCUUCUAGAAAAUGCCAGAGCACUUUCAGGAUUGCUAAGUUGAUAAUGGAAGAGGCAGGGAAUAUGGACUGUAUAACUUCUAUUAGGGAAGUUGUUGAUUUCAGUUUCCAAGAUGUAGAUAAGCUUGUACAUCUGGUUUUGAUUGCAACAGAAGCAAUAACUCGUGCUGGUCUUGGCGGUGCUAGAGAGUAACUCGAUACUGUAUAUAAUGUGUUCUCUCUCUUUUUUUGGUUUUGCUUACUUCUCUACUGAGAUGGCAUUUGGAAAGGAAGUGGUUAAAGGAUAUCUCCCAAUAUUGGCACUUGAAAACUUGCAAAGAAGGCAGGUUGCCCACAAUCUGUUACUUACCCUUACGUACAUGUGUACAAAAUAUGAGAUUAUUAGCAAAUUUUGGAAUGUAUUUUUGAUUGUUCAGGUUUUUCCUUAUGUGGAUAGGGGCACAAUUCUCUCACCCUUAGAUUUUAUGGGUUAGAAAGAGGGAAGUGAUUGCUUAUUAAAUGAGGGAGGACGGAUAUCAUGUAAAUUGUUCAGUGCUACAUUCUUUG